GAAUGUUCUGAGGAGUACUUUCAGUUAUGUACUUCUCUCCUUACUCUGACUGCAUUUUAUUUGAGUUGGUAUAUAUUUGUAUGGAAGAGUUAUUCUAAAUACCUAGAUUUCUCAUUCACUAGUGUCUUUGUUAUGCUUACUUAUAUGUUUUGUGUUGGAAGAUUGUAUUUGUGAUGCAAAUUGAAUUCAGGGCUUUGUGCAUGCUAGUCAGCCAGCCAAGCUACCAGUGAGCUGUAUUCCAUUCUAGGACAAAGAUUUAUUCUUAGAAAUAAGAAAAUUCUCUCACUUUUAUUUUUCCCUGUACCUUUUCAACUUAUAAUCUUAUGCAUUAUAGCUUUCCUCAAAUUAUUAUCAAAAAUUAAUACGUUUUAGCUCUUUUUUCCCUAGAAUUGUUACAUAAGAAUAGUGUUGCUGUUUUUGUCCUAUACUAAUUUUAUUGGACCCAGCAGAUUUGGUCAUAUAUAUCAAUCACUAAGUGCUAUACUUAUUCAGAAGCAUUAGAGUGGAAUAUUACAAGGUUAUUUUAAAUACUCUUUUCUUUGUUUCACUUUGGGUAUCAUAUUUUGUAGUCAGUAAAAAAUUUUUAUUUAUGGACAAAUAGUUCAACAGAGUCCUAUCUAUAGAUUUUCAGAACUUCAGCCUCAGAGUCAAGUCCUGACCAAUGUCUUUUUCCAGCUUACAAAACACUACACAGCAAAAUAAUGAUCUGCUAGACUGCUAACCCGACCAUCCAGAUUCCACAAUGCCUGUGCAGGCAGCUCAAUGGACAGAAUUUCUGUCCUGUCCAAUCUGCUAUAAUGAAUUUGAUGAGAAUGUGCACAAACCCAUCAGUUUAGGUUGUUCACACACUGUUUGCAAGACCUGCUUGAAUAAACUUCACCGAAAAGCUUGUCCUUUUGACCAGACAGCCAUCAACACAGACAUUGAUGUACUUCCUGUGAAUUUUGCACUUCUCCAGUUGGUUGGAGCCCAGGUACCAGAUCAUCAGUCAAUAAAGUUAAGUAAUCUAGGGGAGAAUAAACAUUAUGAGGUUGCAAAAAAAUGUGUUGAAGAUUUGGCACUCUACUUAAAACCACUAAGUGGAGGUAAAGGUGUAGCUAGUUUGAACCAGAGUGCUCUGAGUCGACCAAUGCAAAGGAAACUAGUGACACUUGUAAACUGUCAACUGGUGGAGGAAGAAGGCCGUGUCAGAGCCAUGCGAGCAGCCCGUUCACUAGGAGAAAGAACUGUAACAGAACUGAUAUUACAGCACCAGAACCCCCAGCAAUUGUCUGCCAAUCUAUGGGCUGCUGUCAGGGCUCGAGGAUGCCAGUUUCUAGGGCCAGCUAUGCAAGAAGAGGCCUUGAAGUUGGUGUUGCUGGCAUUAGAAGAUGGUUCUGCCCUCUCAAGGAAAGUUCUGGUACUUUUUGUUGUGCAAAGACUAGAACCAAGAUUUCCUCAGGCAUCAAAAACAAGCAUUGGUCAUGUUGUGCAACUACUGUAUCGAGCUUCUUGUUUUAAGGUUACCAAAAGGGAUGAAGAUUCUUCCCUGAUGCAGCUCAAGGAAGAAUUCCGGAGUUAUGAGGCAUUGCGCAGAGAACAUGAUGCCCAAAUUGUUCAUAUUGCUAUGGAAGCAGGACUCCGUAUUUCACCCGAGCAGUGGUCUUCACUUCUGUAUGGUGACUUGGCUCAUAAGUCACACAUGCAGUCUAUCAUCGACAAGCUGCAAUCUCCAGAGUCAUUUGCAAAGAGUGUCCAGGAAUUGACAAUUGUCUUGCAAAGAACAGGUGACCCAGCUAACUUAAAUAGACUGAGGCCUCAUUUAGAGCUUCUAGCAAACAUAGACCCUAAUCCAGAUGCUGUUUCACCAACUUGGGAGCAGCUAGAAAAUGCAAUGGUAGCUGUUAAAACAGUGGUUCAUGGUCUUGUAGACUUCAUACAAAAUUAUAGUAGAAAAGGCCAUGAGACACCUCAGCCUCAGCCAAACAGCAAAUAUAAGACUAGCAUGUGCCGAGAUUUGCGACAGCAAGGAGGUUGUCCACGAGGAACAAAUUGUACAUUUGCCCAUUCUCAGGAAGAGCUUGAAAAGUAUCGAUUAAGGAACAAAAAAAUCAAUGCAACUGUAAGAACAUUUCCUCUCCUAAGUAAAGUUGGUGUAAACAACACUGUCCCAACCACAGCCGGAAAUGUCAUUUCUGUCAUAGGAAGUACUGAAACAACUGGGAAAAUCAUUCCAAGUACAAAUGGAAUUUCAAAUGCAGAAAACAGUGUUUCCCAGCUAAUCCCACGUAGUACUGAUAAUACAUUAAGAACUCUAGAGACUGUGAAGAAAGUGGGGAAAGUUGGCUCCAAUGGUCAGAAUCCUGCUGGGCCCUCUGCAGAGUCUGUAACUGAAAAUAAAAUUAGCUCUCCACCCAAGACUCCUGUAAGUAAUGUAGCAGCUACCUCAGCUGGGCCCUCUAAUGCUGGAACAGAGCUGAAUCCCGUUCCUCCCAAAUCUAGCCCAUUCCUAACCAGAGUACCAGUAUAUCCUCAGCAUUCUGAAAACAUUCAGUAUUUUCAAGAUCCAAGGACUCAGAUACCCUUUGAAGUCCCACAGUACCCACAAACAGGAUACUACCCACCACCUCCAACGGUGCCAGCUGGUGUGGCUCCUUGUGUUCCUCGCUUUGUGAGGUCCAGUAAUGUUCCAGAGUCCUCCCUCCCACCUGCUUCCAUGCCAUAUGCCGAUCAUUACAGUACAUUCUCCCCUCGAGAGCGAAUGAAUUCUUCUCCUUACCAACCCCCUCCUCCGCAGCAGUAUGGACCAGUUCCUCCAGUACCUUCCGGAAUGUAUGCUCCUGUGUAUGACAGCAGGCGCAUCUGGCGUCCCGCUAUGUAUCAACGAGAUGACAUUAUUAGAAGCAAUUCUUUACCUCCAAUGGAUGUGAUGCACUCAUCUGUCUAUCAGCCAUCUUUGCGGGAAAGAUAUAACUCAUUAGAUGGUUAUUAUUCAGUGGCUUGUCAGCCACCAAGUGAGCCAAGGACAACUGUGCCUUUACCAAGGGAACCUUGUGGUCAUUUGAAGACCAGUUGCGAAGAGCAGAUAAGAAGAAAGCCAGAUCAGUGGGCACAGUAUCACACUCAAAAAGCACCUGUCUCUUCAACUCUUCCUGUGGCAACACAGUCACCAACACCACCUUCUCCUCUAUUCAGUGUAGACUUUCGAACAGAUUUUUCUGAGAGUGUGAGUGGUUCAAAAUUUGAAGAAGAUCAUCUUUCCCAUUAUUCUCCUUGGUCUUGUGGCACCAUAGGCUCCUGCAUCAAUGCCAUCGAUUCAGAACCCAAAGAUGUAAUUGCUAAUUCAAAUGCUGUGUUAAUGGAUCUGGACAGUGGAGAUGUUAAGAGACGAGUGCAUUUAUUUGAGGCUCAGAGAAGAACAAAAGAAGAAGAUCCAAUAAUUCCUUUUAGCGAUGGACCCAUCAUCUCAAAAUGGGGCGCAAUUUCCCGAUCUUCCCGUACAGGUUACCACACCACAGAUCCUGUCCAGGCCACUGCUUCCCAAGGAAGUGCAACUAAGCCCAUUAGCGUAUCAGAUUACGUCCCUUAUGUCAAUGCUGUUGACUCAAGGUGGAGUUCUUAUGGUAGUGAGGCCACAUCAUCAGCACACUAUGUUGAACGGGACAGAUUCAUUGUUACUGAGUUAUCUGGUCAUAGAAAGCAUUCCAGUACUGGAGACCUUUUGAGCAUUGAACUUCAGCAGGCCAAGAGUAACUCAUUACUUCUUCAGAGGGAGGCUAAUGCAUUGGCCAUGCAACAGAAGUGGAAUUCUCUGGAUGAAGGCCGUCAUCUUACCUUAAAUCUUCUAAGCAAGGAAAUUGAACUGAGAAAUGGAGAGAGUGAUUAUACAGAAGAUGCUGCUGAUACUAAGCCUGAUAGAGAUAUUGAGUUAGAACUUUCAGCACUUGAUACUGAUGAACCUGAUGGACAAAAUGAGCAAAUUGAAGAGAUCCUGGACAUACAACUAGGUAUCAGUUCUCAAAAUGAUCAUUUGCUGAAUGGAACAGCAGUGGAAAAUGGCCACCCAGUCCAGCAGCACCAGAAGGAGUCACUGAAACAGAAGAGACAAAGCUUAGGUGAAGAUCAUGUGAUUCUGGAGGAGCCGAAAACAAUUCUUGCGGUAACAUCUUGCUUUAGCCAGCCACUUCCUGUGUCUAUCAGCAAUGCAAGUUGUCUCCCCAUCACCACGUCUGUCAGCGUGGGCAACCUCAUUCUGAAAACUCACGUUAUGUCUGAAGAGAAAAAUGACUUUUUAAAACCUGUUGCAAAUGGGAAGAUGGUUAACAGCUGAAAGGAGGUUCAGCUUUCAAAUUUGUGACCACACCAUGGAAGCAUUUACACUAGCUUUUUAUAUAUAUAAUAUAUAUUAUAUAAUGUAUAUUUUUUUUAAAAAAAAGAUAUUACUUGGGGGCAUCCAUUUCCUGUGGACUCUUUGAUACUUCAAGCCCUCUUGCAUUAGCAUUAUGGAAAAAAAAAAGAAAAUUUACUUUACUAGGGUAACAUGUUCACUUUCCAAAAGUGAUUGGAAUUUGGACAACAUUUAACUUAAGCUUCAAGCAGCUUUUUAUGAGUUUGUAGCAAUCCGGUGCAGUAACUGAGCCAUUUCCUAUUUUAAAUGGCUUCUAUAGAAAAUUAACAACUCAGUUAUUAAACUAGCAGGAUCCUACAAUGAUACAUCUAGUGAAAGUAGACUUUAAUUAACUUAUUUAUUUCUAUUUUAUGUUUCAGUGAGAGAAAUUUCCAUCUCAUUCCAGCUGCUUUAUUUAUCUUUUUCAUGGGACUCUGCAUGGAUUUCUUUCCUUUUUUUUUUUUUAAUUUUGAAAAGUGGAGUUAGAUGUUCUUACCAUAGAAUUUUACAGGGUUCUAUACUAGCUUUCUUUACUGCAUUAUAUGUAGGAGUGUGGUGCAGUGCUUUUAUCUGUAGCAUUUAAUUUUUUUUAUUUCCCAUUUUUCAAAAAUAGUUUCUGCUUAGUUAAUAUUUUACACAGGCUACUUGUUGACGUACUUAAUUAAAAAUAUAACCAAGUGCCUAAGUCUUUCAGCUGAUGUACUAGAUAUUAAAUUCUCCUAAGUUAUGCAGAAUCGUUUUUACAAUUUUGAUAAAUUAUGCACUAAUGUAAUGGCAGUUUUUUAAAAUGCUGAUUUAAGCCUGUACAUUAUUGAAUCUGAUGACUUGGCAAAAGAAUCAGGUGCUUUCAGCUUUCUUGAGAAAACCCUGUAUGUAGCGUUUGCACUGACUAACAAGAAGGUAUUGCUGGGUUUUUAAUUUAAACUAAUUAUUUGGGUGUUCAUUACAUUAUCUUAGUUAACUAUUGUUUAUUGUUACUUCAUGUUAGGGUUUAAUUGCUCUUGUUUUCUGACUGUUAGGUUAAUAAGAUUAUGAACCAUGUACUUUUUGAACAUUGGCAAACAUGUACUCAUACUUUAAAACAUGAAUAAUAUCUGCCCUGCCAUAAUGUGACUGAAAUGGUUUUCCUUGGCAUCUGGAAGUAUGCAGUAUGUUUAAACCAGCCUUGUCCCAGAUUUGUGGGAGAUAUUUUAUUGAAACCUAAAUUUCAGUCAACAUUUGAAAACAAAAGCUGGGCAUUUCUUCCUGGUGAUCUUACUUGUACUUUGUCUUUUUGUUUUUCCUCCAUUUCUUUCAGGUUAGUUUGACUUUUAUUAUUAUUUUUUUAAAUUAACUUCUGUGAAGUUGUUUACUCUGAAAAUUGUACUGGAAUAUUUUAAGCCAAGCUGAUCUUUCACCAGGUGUACUGUAUGUAAGGGCUUUUCCUGCUAGCAAGAUGCUUAAACAGGAUCAUGUUAUUGGUCGUCUGAGCUAUUUAGUUAUUUUACAAAACCACAGCAUUGUAUCAGAUAAGAUUUUGAUAAAAGUUUUGUGCACAUUUCCAGGGGUGGGAGGGUUGACAUUUCCCUGAAAUUUCUUGAUCAGAAUGAGUAAAUACUGGUGUUUGAUACCUGUCUUAAUGAACAUGCUCAUAAGGUGACUGAGAAGUUGUAAAUAUACCUGAGAAACAAAGGGUAGUUUUGAUAUUCUGGUGUCAGUAUGGAAGAUCUUACACAUUUAUUUAAUACACAAAUGUAUGAAGAUAUUUGUUUAUAGUAUAACAGCACAGUAGCCUUGACUUAGUUUUCUUUGGUUAGUACUGUAUCAUUUUUGCCAUGGCCAGUGCUCCUCAUCCCUACAAAGAUGUUUAUUUAUUUCACUUUGUAACCUGAGAUGAAUAGGAACAAGAGUUUUAAACCAUGUUACAUUAACUUAUUUCUCACAUUAUAAAUUAGCUUAGAUUAUUACAGGAACAUGAUUGUUAUAUAAUUUAUAUCAGAACCUUUCUAUAAAUAUGUGCUUACUACAUUUGAAAUGCUUCCAAUGUACUUUAUUUGCUGUUGAUAAUUCCAAAAGGAUAUGCAAACCAGUCUGUCUAUUUCAUGAAUAUUUAAUAGUGAGAUCUUCCAUGUUGAAGGUAAUGUAUUUUUUUUUAAGAUUUUAAAAUUGCUAUUUUGUUACAAAAUAGAGACAUAUUAACAGUUUGAGAGCUCCUUAUGUGCCCUCAGGGAAAGAACCCUCUGUGCAACAGAACUACACACACCAUCUUCAGCAUGGUCUGAGGGUGAAGAUAGACUACAUAAAUUGAUCUUGUGUAUUUAACCUUAUCUUUUUCAUUUUAAAAUUGAAAAUUUGAAA